AUUGUGUCAAAAAGAACAGCUGUGAAGAUGAUGAAUUCCUCCCUCAGUGCUUGGGAAGGGAAAAGAGAAUUUUUCUUGUCAAAAAGCAGAGCAAGCCACCUACUGACUGGUUCAUUUCUAAAAGGAUCAAUUCUCAAGUUCCAUUUAGAGAUGAACCAGACUUGUUGGAUAAGAGGGCAGUUGAGAAAAAUAUGGUCCACAUUUUCAACAGCUGAAUUACAGAAAAAACAUUCCAAGUUGGGAAUAGGGAAAAGUUUGUUGAGCCUGCAGUGAGUAGGAAGAAGAUCCAGGAUAAUCUUCCAAAACAAUAAUUUGUGCCUGUUAUGAAUUCUGAGAUUCCACAGUUUAGUCCAAGGAAAAGAAGAGCUGCAAGAGGGUGGGAUGAAUCUGUUUUUUUGGUCAGUAAGAUAUGCACUCUUGGUUGAGAAGUCCCCUGACUUGGAGGGAGACCACACAAGAGUUUUUGGCUUGGCCACUGGGGAGAUUUGGAUCUUCAAAAUCUCAUGAACAACUUCACGAGGGAAAGUGAAAUAGUUACAUCACAUCAUUAAAAUAGUUAAUCUACACUUUCGGCCCAAAAUAAUCAUUAAAAUCCAGGCCUAUUAUCGUAACUUAUUAGGGCUCAAAAGUAAACCCUAAUUUAAAAAAUUGAGGCCCAAUCCAUACUGGCGUCUCGGCUCUCUGCAACAGAAGAGAGUUCAUGGUGAACAACGCUCUUUCUUUCAUCGUCUCAUUAAAUAUUUUCCACUUCAAACUCUCUUUCCUUCGUUCUUAUUUUCCAUCAAGUAAACCCUAACUUCAAUCCUCCGUGCCAAACUUCGCAUUUAUUUAGGGGAUAGAAAAAAAGGGCCAUGAUACAAACCAGGUAUCACAUUUUCUAUGUUUUUGGGCUUGUUUUCAUCGAAAAGAAGAAAUCUUUUUGUCCGAGGCCUUCAUUUUGGUAAGAAAUUCACCACCCCAACUGCUGAAGAUAUAGUUUUCAAGGCUGUCUGUGUGAACAUAAGGCAGAAGAAAUGGAAUUUCUUGGACCAAUUGUCAUCAAGUCUCACAGACCCCUUGAUUUCUCGUGUUUUUCGCGAAUUCCGAAGCUCCCCUCAGUUAAUUCUAGAGUUCUACCGAAGAAUCGGUGGGCGUGUAGCUAUUCUUCAGUCUUUGGAGUGUUGUUCCACUCUAAUUCAUGUGAUGGUGCACCAUAAGAACUAUGAGGAUGCAUUGGACUUAUUGAAAGAAUUGAUGAUAUCGAAAGGGCAUUCGCCUUUAGAGGUUUUGGAUGCCCUAAUCACCACCUCUGAAGUGUGUUUACAGAGUAGUAGCAAUGUUUUCGAUUCGUUGGUUAGGGCGUGUACACAAAUUGGAGCAACUGAGGAUGCAUAUAAGGUUAUCAAGAAACUGAAAACGGAUAACUAUCCCGUCUCGAUUCACGCGUGGAACAAUUUUUUGAACCAUCUGUUGAAGAUAGGGGAUGUUGGUAGGUUCUGGAUGAUGUACAGGGAAAUGAUUUCGCACGAGUAUUACGAGAAUGUGAAUACCUUUAAUCUCCUAAUUUAUGCUCUCUGUAGAGAAUGUAGAUUAUCUGAAGCCUUUUCGAUGUUUUAUAGGAUGUUGAAGAGUGGGAUUUCGCCUAAUGUUGUCGCGUUCAAUAUGCUUAUCGACGGAGCUUGUAGGGCAGACGACCUCGAUUUAGCACUAAAGCUUAUGAAGAGGAUCGAAACUAUGUCGAGUGGCUGUGCAUACCCUAACGAAGUUACUUACAAUUGUAUUGUCAAUGGUUAUUGCAAGAAGGGCAAACCGGAAAUUGCCGAAGAAAUUUUGGACAAAAUGAUCGAGAUGAAUGUGGCUCCUAAUGUAAGGACGUACGCCACUGUGGUUGAUGGAUAUUCGAGGAAUGGGUACUUGGAGGAAGCGUUUAGGUUGUGUAAUAAAAUGGUUGAAAAAGGUUUUGUCCCUAAUUCAGCUGUCUAUAAUUCUUUAGUACACUGUCUGUACAUGGAGGGAGAUAUUAGUGGAGCUACGUUGUUAUUGUCCGAUAUGAUGGAGAAUUGUAUAAACCCUGAUAGAAUCACCCACUCGAUUAUUGCGAAAGGGUUGUGCAGAAAUGGUUGGAUAAACGAAGCUGUAAAACACCACAAGUGGAUUGUUGAAAGGAAUCUUUUCGGAGAUGCUUUCUCUCACAAUAUUCUCAUAAGUUAUCUCUGUAGAAGCGAGAAUAUACGUGGGGCAGAGCAACUGAUAUGCAGCAUGUUUGUUCGGGGUUUGAUUCCGGAUGUAGUAACAUAUGGUACAAUGAUCGAUGGGUACUGCAAGGCUAACAGAGUCGAAAGUGCUGUCGGAAUUUACACCGACAUGAUUAAGAUUGACAAGAAUCCGAACUUGGUGGUGUUCAAUUCCAUUUUGGAUGGUUUCUGCAAAGAAGAAUUUGUGGAUUCUUCGAUUUAUUUGGUAAACGAGAUGAAAAAGUUGAAUAUGUACGAUGCGGUAACUUUUAACACCGUGUUGAAUUGGUACUGUUGUAGUGGGAAGAUUGAAGAGGUGUUUGAUUUGUUUACGAGUAUGAGAGAAGUGGGGUUGGCGAACAAGGUGAGUUAUAAUAUCAUGAUCAACUUGUUUUGCAAAUUUGGAUUGUUUGAGCAUGCUAAGGAACUUUUGGGUGUUAUGCUUACACGUGGAUUAACUCCGGAUUCGGUUACGUACACCACAUUAGUGACAAACCUUAGCAAGAAGAGCUUUUCUGAGGAAGUUGUGAAAUUGCAUGAUUAUUUGGUAAUCCAGGGAGUUAUCCCGGAUAAUCAGACGUAUCAAGCCGUUGUUAGGCCAGCUAUUAGAGAGAUCUCUCCCGAGUUUGAGUAAGUGUUCGGUGAAUGGCUGAUUAUUCAUUCAUCUUGUAUAUUUAUUUUUGGCUUCCAUUAUGAAGCUGUGAUUCUAAUGAAGCAAUCAAAGCACAGUGAUGUUGAAUUGAGGUGAGAUGGGUCAAAAUUUAGUUGUAUUUUAUUGACCCUAUUUGCAUCGCAUACUGGAGGAGGAGGAUUGUUGAUUGAAUAUUGACCUCAUUUUGUAUAUAAAUAUCUCCCAGCCCUGUAAUACUGCCAAUUUUAUUUAUUUAUUUUUUAAUUUA